AUGGAGGUGGUCGAUGUUACAUAUUCCCUCCCAAAGGAUGUGACCGAUAAGAAGAUUGUGGUCCACCCCGGUUCCGAGUUUCAAAUCAGCACCUUCAGCAAAGGCGGCAGCCAGGGGCUCGGAGUCUCCCGGAGGUCCAAAGACCCCUCUCUCAGGCCAGCAUACUUCUACACUGGCCCGCCAUGGAGUUUGCUCUGGAGUGACACGAAGUUGUUUGUUCAGAAUAUUCUCUACCUCCCUUGCAUUGUCUUCCCGCUCUGGGCGCAGCCCCCAGCGCGGUCCUUUCGUCUUGGAGUCGACAACAGGUUCAUGGAGCAGCCUCGUUUCCUUGUCAGCCAGUUCUAUCGCCAGUUCCAAGCAUGGGCCCAGACCUACUUCCACUCCGGUCCUAUGGACGAGCUCUACCCGUCCUGGAAUAACUUCUGGGACAUUACUUUCCACAUGGUUCUCAUGGCCGCCCAAUCGGCCUUCCUCCUGUCGCUCCCCUUCCUGACCAUCUUCUCUUUCAACGUCUUCGUAGCUUGGGUUGGUAUUUUCGUCACCACCAACUACAUCGCGUGCUUCGCGCUCAAUGGCUGGAUGCCCGAGGGAUUCAUCUGGUCGAAGGAAUUUCCAGACACCGCGCGAUGGAGGGAUGAGCACGCGGAUGAAGAAUGGAUCUUCCUAAACGGAGUUGCGGUUGGCAAGAAUUGGCUGCAGAGCAAUAUUGACCGCAUUUCAUUGACUUUCCACCGUGAAGUCAAGGGCGUGCACAACAGAACCGCCGGAAUAAUCUUCGACGUCAUCCAAUGCCUUCUGGAGCGCUGCAUGUACUUCGGCACCGCGGACACCAGAAUCUGCUUCUCUCACAUCUCUGACGCGCUCCUCUCGGACAAGAAAAAGGUCAUUCUCAUCCUUCACUCGCAGGGCGGCCUCGAGGGCAGCAUCAUCCUCGACUGGCUCAUCAACCAGCACCCGCGCGAGGUUCUGCAGAAGCUCGAGAUCUACACAUUCGGCAACGCCGCAAACCACUUCAACAACCCCCGCGUCAAGAAGGAGCAGAGCGUUCCUAGAGUCAAGGACCGCGCCAUUCGCCACAUCGAGCACUACGCCAACUCGAUGGAUUUCGUCUCCCGAUGGGGCGUUCUUCACUUCAAGAAGCAGACGGCGAGAAAGGAUGGCCGCUUCCUCCAUCUCGGCGAGAUUUCCGCCCUUAUCUCCAGAAAGGUGCAGAUCAUCAGAGCGACAUCCAAGACGGCGUCCAAGCAGGCCAACAAGCUGGACUCGGAGUGGAAUGCCUACGAGGGCGUGCUGAUUGAGCGCAACGGCUCGGGUCACCAGUUCAACCAGCACUACCUCGACAACAUGUUCCCGCUUGAUGACAGCCUCAGCAGAGUCCAGACCAACGGGGAUGGCUCCCCUGUCCCGGGCACCUUUAUGGCGUCGCUGACGAACGUCCGUAACGACCCCUGGAAGAUUGACGAGCAGCGGAAGAUCACAAACGGAGUCGAUGGUGUUGCCCAUCAUAACGAGGUGAACGGUUACUCUGAAGAGCAGAAGGUUUACCAGGUCAGCCGCCUCUGGAAGUACGUGAAUGGCGGCAAGCCUAAAGACAAGUAG